AUGGCCAAAAAGAAAAAGUCUACCUCAGUCGAGGACAACGCCAGUGAGGUACAGUCGCCUGCUGUCCCCGCGACCCAAGAUCCCUCAAGUCGAAGUGGAAGUGGAAGUGGAAGUGGAAGCAACAAGACGGCAAAGACCAAGGCCCAGCCACAACAGCAACCGCCUCCGGUGCCGGCACUCAUCAUCUGUCGGAAUAAGCAUUGGCGCUAUAUCUCGUCGUUUCACGGCCCAUGGCUUCAGCUCCCUCCUGAGAUCCUCGAGACUCUGGCCAACUUGAACUAUAAUACCCCACGGCCGCGGCCCAUCGAUCCGUCCGUCUUCUUUGAUCUUGUCAAGAUCCGCCGCCUCGUCGACGAUGCUACGAAUUUGGCUGUUCGUGCCGCCAGUGGUGUCGCAACGGUCUCCCAGCACAGCAUGUCCGGUGGCCACCAUCAUGCGCUGGGACUGUUUGGACCUGGAGGGCAAACGAAGCUCAGUCGAGAAAGAAAACACCGAAUGAGAGAACAGGCGACCCAGAAGCUUUCCAAAGCAUAUCACCUAGAUGAGAUAGCGUCGAGUGUGGCUACAAUGCAAAGCGCCUCUCCCCUUGAGGAGGUGGCCUCGCUUGUACUCCAGCGCAACCCCCAGGAUGCCGACGCCAAAUACGUACACUUCUUCCACGAGAAAAUCCCGAGUAGGCAGCUGGCCCAGUGCACCAACCUGGAUGCUCUGAGUGAAAUUAUAUCAGAGAAAUCCACCCAGGGAGAGCCUUUAAGGACUCGCGCCACUGUGAGGACUUUCAAGGAGGACUUUGAGGGCGCCAUUGCCGAUUUGACAGAAGCCCUCAGGAUACAUCGGGUUUACCGGUUACCACAAAAUGCUCCAAAGCACCACAAUCUUCCUCAAGCCCGACCUGGCGGACGGAAACAGGAGGAUGUGGUGCUCAAGGAGGAGGAGCAGCCUAAUAGCUUGGAAAUUCAGCUAUUGUUCCAACGCGCUGGUGUCUAUCUGACCAUUGCCUGUCAGCACGUCCAAGCUGCCUUCCCCUCUAAACCUGCCGAAACCAAAUCUGCUACAGGAAAAGCUGCGAAUGGUGAUAUAUAUGAAGAAGGCAAUGAGACCGGCUCACAGGCGACAACACAGGCCAUACCCGUGUUAACAACUGCCGAGCAAGAGGUCGAGAAAAAGAUGAUGGAGGCGAGGAAGCUCGUCCGUCACAACGCCAAGCGUGCGCUGAAAGACUACAUGAACUAUCUGUCGCACUUUGAGUACUCGCCUGACCUACCCAUUGAGAUUGCCGAAGAUUUUGCCCGGAAAGUCAACUACGCCGCUAAUGGGGUUCGUGUCCCUCGGUCAUUCUCUCAUGCUUCCCGUUCUGACUCUCCCGUGACCGGUGAACCUGGCGAGAGCCAACCUACUCACCGCAUUUAUGCUCUCUCGGACCUGUUCGCGGCGUCUCCCCCGGCUGACCUGCCUCCAUAUCCUAGCACGGAGCUUACACCAGUACGUACGCAGCAACAACAGCCCACAUUCGCUACCUUCCAGACAACAACGGAGACUCUCACUUAUCAUCCUCUAAUGAACGACGCAUUACAUGCUCUUCUCCUCUGUCACUGUCUUAUCCAGACCUCAACCAAGGAGCUCCUUCGACACGCCUACAUGGUAGCACGACUGGCGCGCCUUGCCGAUGGUUACCCAAUCUUCCAAGCUAGUCGCUCACCAGCCCGCGCCGACUGGACCGAGGUUCUCCGAGCGUCCGGCAACCUCAUCCAGCUAGCCGGGACAUGGGAGGACCUCUGCGCCCCAGCACCUCUCCCACUUUUCCAGCCUUCAGGCCCCGGCGGCGGCGGAUCAAAGCAUCGCAAGGAACGUAUCCAACACCAAGCCAUCAUCGACGCCCUGGGCGAUGAUCGAAUCAAAGACGAAGCAUCUUUUCGCAUGGCCGUCAAAGCCCGUCAACUGCGUGCGGAAAACGAUUACAGGCUUGAUAACGCCACACAAAACAUGCGUCGCUGGUCCGUCGACGACGGCAAAGAGUAUCCCAUCUCCACGGAUCGCGCCUCGGCCAUUGCGCGCUGGGUGUUGGAGGCACCGCCUAAUGCUGGGCUGAGUACGGGUGCGGGAGGGGAUGGAACGGCUCGGAGGAAGAAGAAGAAGGUGAUUUCGAAGAAUAGAGCUGGCUCUGGGUUUGCCGUUGGGCUUGGGACUGGAGUUGGGGUUGCAGUCUCUGGGGAGGGUUGUACGGCUGAUGCGUAG